GCCGCUCCGAUGCCUCCGACACCGCCGCUCCCGGGCUCCGCCGCGUCUCUGAGCAGCAUGGCCCGGAUUAGGUACCUUCGCGCGGCCGUCUCGGGCUUUUAUCUGUGGGAAGCUGCCAUACUGCUCAGCUUGGUAGCCACAAAGGAAACAGACAGUGCAAGAUCUCGCAGCAUGCCAAUGUCGCCAUCCGAUUUCCUGGAUAAGCUAAUGGGUAGGAUGUCAGGCUACGAUGCGAGGAUCAGACCAAAUUUCAAAGGUCCUCCUGUUAAUGUCACAUGCAACAUAUUUAUAAACAGCUUUGGAUCCAUUGCAGAGACAACCAUGGAUUACCGAGUGAACAUCUUUCUCCGUCAGAAUUGGAAUGAUCCACGCCUUGCAUACAGUGAAUAUCCAGAUGACUCUUUAGAUUUAGAUCCAUCCAUGCUGGAUUCAAUUUGGAAACCUGAUUUGUUUUUUGCUAAUGAAAAAGGUGCCAACUUUCAUGAAGUCACAACAGAUAACAAGUUGUUGAGGAUUUUCAAAAAUGGAAAUGUACUUUAUUCCAUCAGAUUGACUUUAAUACUUUCCUGUCCGAUGGAUCUCAAAAAUUUUCCAAUGGACGUUCAAACGUGUAUAAUGCAGCUGGAAAGCUUUGGAUACACAAUGAAUGAUCUCAUUUUUGAGUGGCAAGAAAAGGGAGCAGUUCAAGUAGCAGAAGGUCUCACUCUGCCACAGUUUCUGUUGAAAGAAGAAAAGGAUUUAUGUUACUGCACCAAGCAUUACAAUACAGGAAAGUUUACAUGCAUUGAAGUCCGCUUUCACCUUGAGAGGCAGAUGGGUUACUAUCUCAUCCAGAUGUACAUACCGAGCCUCUUGAUCGUGAUCCUCUCCUGGGUGUCAUUCUGGAUCAAUAUGGACGCAGCUCCAGCCAGAGUGGCUUUGGGCAUAACAACGGUACUGACCAUGACAACACAAAGCUCAGGUUCACGAGCAUCUCUUCCAAAGGUGUCAUACGUCAAAGCCAUUGACAUCUGGAUGGCGGUGUGUCUGCUCUUUGUAUUUUCUGCACUUUUGGAGUAUGCAGCUGUAAACUUUGUGUCGAGGCAGCAUAAAGAGCUUCUGCGGUUCCGACGCAAGAGGAAGAAGAGCAAGUAUUUUGAGGGAGUUCUUGAUGGAAAGGAAAUCAGUGAAUCAUUACAGCAUAGCAAUGGCUUGAGAUGUGCAGGACGUAUAGACGGGACUUUGCCUCAAAUCUACAGUACAAAUUUAAGGGAUGAUGAUACCCGUGAUAGUCAGUUUAGCAUUACAGCAUAUGGAGUGGGACCAUGUGUGCAAGCAAAGGAUGGAAUAACACAAAAGGGGCCAAAUAAUCCUGUUCAAGCUGCACCAAAAAGCCCUGAUGAGAUGAGAAAGGUAUUCAUUGACCGGGCCAAGAAGAUAGACACAAUAUCCAGAGCUUGUUUCCCAUUAGCCUUUCUGAUUUUCAACAUUUUUUACUGGGUAAUCUACAAAAUCAUCAGGCAUGAGGACAUUCACCAAUAACAGGAUUCAGGCUUGCAGUACAUAAAGAUCUGGCUGUCACACUCAAUAGGAGGCUUUUUGUUAGAAAUGCACAUCAGAAGAGUGUGGAAGAGUUAAAAGCAAUGCGGGGGAGAAAAAGGAUCCUGCAUGGCCUGCAAUGGGCUACAGUGGGAUGGAAGAAUGACACCCAGAGAAGAUACAUCUGGUAUUGCAAACUUUCCUUGUGAAACUAAAUAUUAGCAACUUUUGCAUUGAAAAUCACUCUACUGAAGCUUUACUGCCAUGUAUUUAUACAUACUGUUACAUAGUGGUAUAAUUGUACAGUACUCUUUGACGGUCCUUAAAUUUUUUUAAAUUCUGGUGUCUUUUUAAUUUUAAAAAUGUUUCCAGAACACCCUAGGUGAAUCCCACAGUAUUACAGAAUAGAUUAAUGUUUGUAAGUUUUAUUUUAAUUUUACAAUAUAAUGGCAAGUCGCUGACUGGAGAAAACAGUUUAAAGGACUUGAUCUCAUCUUAAGGAGAGUACUGGUGGUUUAACAACGAACAUAUUUAACAUAUUUAAGUCAUAUAAUUUGUUCAAUGUACUUCAUAUUACUGUUCCCCUGAAAGGUAUAUGUUGGAAUAAUCUCAGAAGUACAAUCUCAGCCUAACAGUCUACGUUUCAUAUGAGAAAUAUACUAAAAUUUGUAAAGUAUUGAUUCCUGCAAAGAUUUUCUUAUUUUAAUUACUUAUACUUUGACAAUUGAAGCAUAUUCUUUAAUCAUUUUAUAUUGUAAGAGGGGGGAUAUCCCAAUUCAUACAACUCACACAGCUUGUGAAAUAGACAAAUUACAUCAAAAUUUUGCAAUGUUUCAGUUUGCUUCAGUGCAAAGAGAUCUCAGACAGAAACUGAAAGCAAAGAGCCAACUUCUUCACUGAAGCAUUUGGAGGAUUAAUACAGUUAUGUUUAUGCACAUUCAUAUCCUAUAAAUUACAUAAUAACAGGAAGUUUCGUUUAUGCAUGUGUCAAAUUUUCUGACUCAUUCUUUGAAGUUUGUUAAUAUGACUUAGAUACUGCUUCAGAAGCACUUCACAACUUUGUAAAAACAUGAGCUCUUCUAAAACAUAAAAAAAGAUCUGGAUGUUCUUUUACACUUAAUGGAGUUCACAUUAAUAAAUUGGAGAACAACUAUGAAAACUCUCAGCAAGAUUUUCCCUGCUUAGGUUUAAAUAAGCCAUAUUUAGUUGCUUCUUUGAAUUGUACCACCAUAGAUCACAUUUAUGGCACAGUGUCUAGGCAAGACGAUCUACUUUUGUCAACCUGCUGGCGAAACAAAAUCACGCUAUGGUAGCAUUUAUCAUUAUUAGGUACUCUAAAUCCAGUAGGUGAGGUUGACUCUCAUUGCAAAAUGUUUUUAUUUUGAACAUGUUUAAAAUUUGUGCUUUGUUGAUGAUCAGAACGUGUAUACAAAAGCAGAAUCAGCUGGAGGCAAACAUCUGGUGCACUGCCAAAGGCACAGUGCGUAUGAAGUAACAGAAGUAAUGUAACUCUGAGCUGGGGAUUGCAACAUAGCAACCUCGGGUUUGGUUUGUUAUUGUUUUCCUCCCGGGAUUACUUAGAGAGAUUCUGCAAUAGUAGCUCUCACAUUGUGUUAAAUUGUGUCAGAAAGAGCAGGUAUAACCCACCCUUAUUUUAAAAUGAUUAUUCUUUUAUAGUUUUGCUUCAUUUAUACAUUUUUAAUCCCAAAUGAAUUCAAUUCACUUUUUUAUUUUUUUCCUGAUACUGUGUCUGCUUUUUUUAUCGAUUUCUUUAUGUGCAUAUUCCAAAAAAUCUCUUUCACUUCUGAAGGUGUGAAGGGGUAUCACAAAUUUAUGGCUGAUUCACCUCUCUCAAAGUUGUGGUUAGUUAUGUUGUAUGGAAAGGGAUGUUAACGUGUUUCUGUUAUCAGCAAAAUUGACUGUAUUUUGCUUAAGUUCUGUUUUCAAAUACACGUAACAUUUGGCAUAUGAUUCUAUUUUGGUACAAUGGAACCAAGGUCUCUCUGGAGCUGACGGUUCUGUGGACUUGUUUAACAGAACAAUAAUACUUACCAAGGUAACAGAAGCUUCUGUAGUCCACUAACAAUAUGCAUUUCAAAAGAUAAAAUAACUUUAAAUUUAAGUUUCAUUUAGAUCAUUCCUAAAUUACUUAGUAUAAGUAGAGAAAGAGAGAAAUGUCAUUUAAGAUGCUAAGAAACUUCAAGGCACAAAUACCUGCCAUUCACCACUGAGAGUGGGAACAGUCCAAAACUGCCAGCAGGUAAGCCAGCCUACUGACAUCAGCUGAGAUUACUGUAAGAGAAGAUUUUUUUAGAACUGUAUAAUGAAGCAGCAGGAAAUGAUGAUAAAUGCAUGAAUUGAAAGGUACUCUGCAGUAUUUAAUAGACACCAGUAUUUAAGUUGCACACCCCAUCAAAGAGGCAGUGGAAAUGCAGAAAAAUAAUCGUCAAGGAGAUAAUGCUUGAAGCAAAUGGUAUCUAGCAGGGUUCCUCCUACAUAUAAAAGAGACCCCAUUCAUUAGGCAGGAGUAAUAGCUACCUCACUUCACUAUCACUGGACCUGGGCUCUGCAGGGAACAAGUCCUUGCAAAGCCACAGGAAGGCUCCUCAUAAGCACAAUCCCUGUGUGACAGGAUAAUGCAGCUUUGUCCCAAGUCAUCACUCAGCGUAGGUGCAGACCCUGUACUUCUCAGGUCAUAUUUUUGUGAUUUCUGUGGACCAGCCCUAUACUUAAAAAAUUAAAUACUGGCACUAGAAGGACAUUGUAACCCAAUGAGAACAGAAGAAGACACUGUAGGAUCUGGAGCAAGAGCCCAGUAACAGAGCUACUGAGGAGCUGACACAGCCACCAUAAAGGCAAAAAAAGGAUUAGGCACCCUCAGUAUUUUUCCCAAUCCUGCCAUGUCUCUGUAGGUACACUUGCUCAGGUGGAAGUAUUAACUACGGGGGAACCAAUUUAUAUCAUCUGCUGCAAAGUUUAUAUUGUUUCUGACAGUAGUUUCUACCCGUGAAGAUUGACUUUCACACCAUCCUCUUUCUUGUUAGAAAGAGAAGUGGAACAGAAAGGUACAGGAUGAAAUGUCCAGGCUGUGCACAGCAGAACAGGGACCACAGGGAGAGAGAAAACCUGAAGCAGAGCCUGGGACCUCAUAUAUGACUGUCUUUUUGUUCUGCACUGAAGUGAGGUGAGGCCGAAUCUGUCACCCUCCCCAUAAAGCAAAAAAACUUCAUUAUCUUGAGAGAGGAGAAGAAAAGCCCGUUAGAGGUGCAGUAGAAAUACUCAAAUAUCACUGUACAAAACUCCUACUUAAAUUCCAAGCAGUUUUUAAAACUAAAUUCAAAUAUCAGCACAAUAGGCUUGCAUGGUUAGAGGGAUGGCUUUUUUCUCUAUAAUGAUGAUAAAUUAUGUGAAGAUGAAAGGGAAUAAGGAAUACUAGUAUUUUACUACUUAGAAUUCAGCUAUUUUAACACCAAAAUAAAGUAGAUUUUGCUUUCAAGGACUUUUGAUGACAGGUAGUAUUAUUUAAACAGGUUAGUAUCAUUCAGGAAGAAUGGAGAAUUUACUUAAGAUUUAAAUUUUUUUCAGGUCAAUCAUAUAUUAGUUUUCCUUGGAUUCCUUUUCUUAUAGUUCAUUCCAAAAUCUGCUCUAUAAAGAAUCAUUUGUGGUGUGUGAGAGAUGAUUCUGUUAACUCGCUGGACAGAAAUAUUUAGGUGAUUGAACGUGCACUUUACAUUUAAGGAGUGAGGUAUUGCUUCCACUUUGUGUAUAAUCCCUUACAGAAUUGUAGACUGAUAAUGUAGAUAAGGAUAGAGUAUAAUAAACUGUACAAAAUCUUAUAUUUUUUACAGUAGGGAAAGAUAAAGAGUCUUCCUUAACCUUAGAAAAAGGAGAAAUAUUAUUUUCAGCAAUAAUUUUAUAGUAGAAGGAAAUGAAUUUAUUUAUACGUUUCCCAGCCCAAGCUGACAUGAUUGGUUGCAAAAGAGACACUUUUUGUGCAACUUCUGCUCUUGUUUGAGCUAUCAUAGAAAUUAAUCUAAUCCAACAGAAUAGAAUUUGGCCUUAAAAUGUGAAACUGCUGAAUGAGCUGGGAAUCCAUACAGUAUCCCUGUGAGGUAGUAAAAAUAACUUUAUCCACGUUUUACUGCACAAUCAUAUGGUUACUUAGACAAGUACAAUACCAGAUUUCACAGCUUUUUUCCUUUUUGAGAUAACUAAGAAAAAUAUAAAUCUCAAACCAGACUACUUGUCAAUAAUAAAAUAGAUGUUCUGUUUUGGAGUGGUUACAGAAAAGGUGUCUUCAGGCAACAAUAACCUACAGUAAUUACUGAAGUACUAUCAGUCUGGAAGGCUUGUGGAAGCAGGUUAGAUUGCUAGAAGCAGUGGAUUAAUGCCAGAAAAAAUGUUGGCUCAUCCUGUCCUCUUGACAUUCUUGAAUAUUACUGCACUUCUUCACUUUCAUCUUCGUGAAAUAUGCAAGAAACAUUACGUUUGUUUGUAUUUUAAUGUACGUCAGAGUGAUAUUAACAGAUGAAAUGGACUAAAGUAGCUACUGAUGUUCCAUGAAUGUGGAAUUGUGAGCUGUACAAAAAGAAAUUGUUCCAUAAGUUUUUGACUUAAAGGUUUAAAAAUAUAUGGCAUUUUGUGUGUUAGUAAACCUGGCUUUUUAAAGGUUACAGUGAGAAAAAAAAAAUCAAAAUUGAUAUGAUAUUAUAUUUAUAACUUGUCUGUGAGUUUUCAAAAUAUUCUCCUGUGAGUUCUCUCUGACAGCAAUUUAAUCUCAAAGUACUUCCUUUUUUGGUAAAAAUCUAUAAAUGUGUUGUGCAUGGACUUAGAUUCAUUUUUAUUGUAUUACAGUAUCAUAUUGCACUUAAACUGACAUUCUCUGCAGUCAGAAGUGUUAAAAUGUGAAAAUUAUGGUGUCACCCACAUCAUUGUAGAUAUUUUGUUCAAAAAAAAAUAAAGUUAUCUUUUUUCAGAAA